CCGGAAAAUCCCUUCCGAUGUGUAAUUCCACUGCCCUCUCUCUCCUUCUCCUUGCCCUCCUCUGGGCGUCGAGCUCGUCCUUCUCCAUCCCCGACCGCUUCCUCCUCCCCACCCUCACCCCAUCGACGGAGCCUCAAGAAUACUUUGACCCCACCCUCCCCCCCUUUCUACCCCCAACAGAGGUCCCUGCCUGCUCCAUCCCUGUCCUCCAGCACGACUUCGCCAACACCUACGGCCUCCCGCCUGCCACCGGCGUAUUUUCCCCUCCGGCGGCAUGCCCGCCCCCAUGGUCCCGCAUCGUUCUCGACCUCUCCGUGUCCUCCGUCGGCGACCAAUACGAUCGCAUCGCAGCUGUCUGGAUCGAAGGCGUCGAGAUCCUCCGCACCAGCACCGCGGAGCCGACAGAAUCCGGCGUAUUCUGGCGAGUACGCAAGGAUAUCACGCGUUACGCCCCCCUCCUACGCGGCUCUGGAGGCGUGAAUGUUUCGAUGAUGCUUGAGAACAUUGUCAACGAUGUCUACACUGGGAUCUAUAAAGUCAAUGUGUCGGUCGAGUUAUAUCCCGAUUCCGACGAUACCAAUUCGAAGAAGAUGAAGAAGCGCGGUGCUUUUGACCUAGGGUUACCAUCCGAUCUUGACGAAGAAGAGGUAAAGCUGAUUCCUCUAUUUGAUGAUCCUGCGGAUGUUGUAAUUCCCGUUUCAAGAAAGAAUAGCAGUACCGGUUUCUGGUUUCGGAUCCAGAAUCAAUCCGAAGCGCAUUACAGUAGAAUUAUAAUUCCUCGAAAUACCUUCAAAGCUGUUCUUGAAGUCUACGUUUCAUCCCAUUCUAACGAUGAGUUUUGGUACUGGAAUCCUCCUGAUGUAUACAUCAAGGAAAACAACUUGACUACUGAGAGAGGAAACGGCGCUUUCCGUGAGGUUUAUGCCACCAUUGAUGGCCGAUUUGUGGGCACUGUUCUUCCAUUUCCAGUUAUCUUUACAGGUGGGAUCAAUCCUUUGUUCUGGUCACCUGUUGUUGCUAUUGGGGCAUUUGAUCUUCCUUCCUACAAUCUCGAUCUGACGCCAUUUCUGGAGCUACUUCUAGAUGGGAAGGAACAUUCUAUUGGACUGAGAGUUACUGAUGGAAUCUCAUUGUGGCUCAUUGAUGCAAAUCUGCAUCUAUGGUUAGAUACCGAUUCUGAAACAGUGAGCGCGAAGCUUAUUCGAUACGAAGCACCUCCUCUUUCGAUUGUUCGAACCAACAAAUUUCUUCAUUUGAAUGGAACAUUCAAAAUUGACGCUGAGAGGAAAGUUCACUUCUCAGGCUGGGUGAAUUCAUCCGUUGGUAAUCUGACAAGUGAUGUAAAUCAGAAGCUUAAGUUCAAGAGCUCGGUAGAUUAUCAGAAUGAUGGGAACUACAAAGCUGUUCAUUUGAAGACAAAGGUGAAAACAGAGGUGAAGAUCAAGAACAACCAGGAGGUCAUACUCCAAAGAUUUUCUCAAAAGUUCAAAAAUCCUCUUUCGAUCUUGACUGAAACCUUGCCUGGAACCAACAAUACCUAUACUAUGACAACCAAUCUUUCACAUACUCUGCAUGAGGAAGCAGCCAUUUUUAUGCUGGAGAAGAUGAUUGCUUCGAGGAUUCUGGAAGAUAAGCAGGACGCUUCUGGUUGGAUGAAGGUCCAAGAUCAUUCAGUUCUAUCAGGUUCAGCUGGAACAAAACAGUUAUAUAAUUAUAGAGAUAAUGAAAAAUGUUAUAAUCGCAUUUUGAAAACUGAUGAUGGAGUGCUUACAGAUGAUACAAAUAACAAUGUAUGUGCACAUUCCUUCUAGUGAUAUAGAUCAGGUGAUCUCCAUUCUUCUCAUAUAUGUUCUUCAUCUAAUGUUCUAUGUUGUCCUGUUUUUUUCUCCUACUGGAGAAGAAAUUUCUGUUGGGAGAAGUAAUUAUGAUAUUUUAUGCUUGCAGAUGUAAUUUGUAUGAAUCAUUUACCAAGUUUUCUAUGUUGAGAAAUUCCUUUUUCUUUUUUA